CAUUGUAAACAAACUGCGAAUCAAUUGUUUUGUUUGUAAUAUUGUAUCAAAAGUUUGGUUAAUAUUUAAUUUUAUAAAAAGUUAAAUUUAUAAUUAAUAUUGAAUCCAAUUAAUUAACAGAUGGACGACAACAAUAGUGAAGACAGUAUAGCCAUAGAUGACGAUAUCAACCAAAACGGUGAUAAUCCAGAUGAAGACAAUGAAGAGAUCCACUUGGAUUUGGACGCCACAGAGGUUGAGUUAAACCACUCUCGAGUAAAAUCAAUGGAUAUAUUGUCGACGUUGACAAAGACUGAGUUUUUAGGUCUUAGAAAUAACUUUAUUAAGAAAAUUGAAGGAUUGAAUCAAUUGGUGACACUUAGAGAACUCGAGUUAUAUGACAAUCAGAUUACAAGAAUCGAGAAUUUAGAUUCUUUAGUCAAUUUAGAAAUUCUUGAUUUAUCAUUCAAUCGGAUCCGAAAAAUAGAGAAUUUAGAGAAUUUGGUUAAUUUAAAGAAAUUGUUUUUAAUAAAUAAUAAAAUCUCUCAAAUUGAGAAUCUAUCGAAUUUGACGGCAUUAGAACUCUUGGAGUUGGGAUCUAAUAGGAUUAGAGUCAUCCAAAAUGUGGAUAAAUUAAUAAACUUGAAGAGCCUUUUUCUCGGCAAAAACAAAAUAACAAAAUUGGAAAACUUGUCGUCACUCAAGAGUUUAGAAUUACUUAGUAUUCAAAGCAACCGAAUCAUCAAAAUUGAAGGAUUGGAUCAAAACAACAAUUUAGAGCAAUUAUAUAUUAGUAAUAAUGGAAUCACUGAUAUUGAAAGUCUUGACAACAAUACAAAGCUGACCACUUUGGAUGUGGCCGCUAAUCGGAUCAAGAAGAUGGUCAACAUCGGUCAUUUGGAACUGUUGGAAGAGUUUUGGUGUAAUAACAAUGGAAUUGAUGACUGGAAGGAUUUAGAAGUGCUGUCAAACUUGAAGAAUUUGAAGACUGUUUAUUUUGAACACAACCCGAUCUCUAGCCAUCAAAUGUAUCGAAAGAAGAUUAUGUUAUUAUGUCCUCAAUUGACACAAAUUGAUGCAACUCUUUGUCUCCAUAAAACUAAAGCUUCCGCCACCGCAUCCAAAAUAAUGAGAUUUGGAUGCAAUAUGGACAGUAAUGUGGAUCAAGUGUUAAAUGCAUUACAAAAAGUAGAAGAAGUGGCUGAAGAUAUAUUGCGAUCAAAACAGGAGAUAAUUGACUUAAAUGUUAAGCUUAACAACAAUAGGGAAGCGUUGAAUGUCUUGAAACGACACGAAGACUUCAAACACGAGUCAAAUAAGCUGUGGUUAUGUUUUGGCAAUUCAUUUAUCAAGACUAGUGUUAAAUCAGCCAAAUCUUUGAUUACCGAAGACCACAAUCAGCUGAAUAAACAAAUCAAUGAUUUGAGAGACGAUCUAAAGCCAAAAGUGGAUCAAUUGAGACAAUUGGAGGGUAAAGAAGAGUUGAAAGGAUUUAAUUUGAAACCUCUCGACAAAAACGAGUCUUUUGGAUCAAAACUUGACAUUCAAUUGAUUGGAGACAUGAGUGACAACACUAAUGAAGAGUCUUCACCACAAAUGGUGUCCAAAUUAUAUCAACUAAUUAAUCAAUUGAAUGCCAAUACCUUUUCAGACAGUGUUGCUGAAGACGAUUUUGAUCGCCACUUCUUGAGCUCUGAUUUCAAAGUCUUUGUACUUCUGGUUAACAGUUUUGCCGACAUUAAGGAAGACUGUUAUAAACGAAACAAAUUGUUAUCUUUAACGACAAGAUAUGUCUAUUGUGAUCAAACAUUGAAGUCAUUGUUGCUUAAGACAUGUCGCAUGUGGUCUGUAGACGAGUUGAACAUAAUUGGUCCCAAAUUAGAGACCAUUUUAGUGACACUUCCAGAUAUUGUGGCCAACAAUAUGAAGACAGAUAAGUCUCACAAAUUUGAGCGCAAUUUUUAUUUCAAGACAAUCGUUAAAACAAUUUAUUUAUGUAUUGAAGACGUCUAUCAAAAUAUCAGUCAAUCUGUCGAUUCUUCUCUUGAAUUCUUAUCAUCACUUUUGGGACGAAUCUCUUUAUUAGGAUAUAUAGACAUUGUUUUCAAAGAAGUGUUGAUUAAAAUGAUAGACAACUGCGAUAAUGACUUUAUUUGGAGGCGAUUAGCAAACCGUGUGAUUAUCGGACAAAAACCACAAUAUAUUGAAGUCUUACUAAAAAGUGUUUUCAUUUUUGUUUCAAAUCAUUUGUCCAUCGGUUGGGUUAUUGGCAAAAGUGUUGACACAAAUAUUAAAAUCAAAUUUUUGUUGACAAAUAAAUUUUUAUUGAUCCAUGAGUUCAAAAACGACCAAAUUUUGGUUAAUAUUUUUGGAUAUCUUUGCCAAACUUCUGACAAAUUAUUUUUUGUUGCUUUUAAUAAUGUGUUGAACUCUUGGAGUAACUCGAGUGCCAUAAAGUAUAGAAGUUAUUCCCAACAUCUAUAUCUUUCGCGAGCUCUUAUGAUUGGUUCGCGGUUUAUGAAAACCAUUGAUUUUAGUGAUUUUGAAGAUACGUUCAGAAGAUUAACUAUGAAUGGAAUUGAAGCUCAUCUGAGGAAUAGUCAGACAGACUUUCGCAAUAUUGGUCUCACUGUCGGACAAACAUUGAUGUCAGUGUUGUAUCGCGGAAACAAUGAAAUUAAUUUUGAAAUCCAAGAAAAUGACGAAAUAAGACAUUUAAACGACUUAUUUCUGAAUAAUUGUAACGUUAAGGACAGAGAAAAGUUGGAACAAAAAAUUUUACCGAAAAAUGAUGUCAAAGAAAGUCAAGAAAAUAAUUAUGUCUCUUAUGAUAAACAUUACGCUAAUAAUGGUAACAAUGGUAAUAAAAAUAAUGAUUUAGACAGCGAUGAUGAUGAAGACGAUGAUCUCAUUCCGUAUGAUAUAUCAGAAGAUAAACUAUUGGCAGAUAAAAACAAACCCAUAUAUUUGAGAGACUGUAUGGACGGUCUUCUAGACUCUGAGAAAACUGAAUGGUUUAUCAAAUGUUUACAAAAUGCCGAACAAAUAAUUCGGACAAAUAGUGAUUUAGUUGAAGAAGUUUCACUGGAUUUCAUACAAAUACUGUUCCGAUUGGAUGACAAUUAUGCGAUCAAUGAUUUUGUUGGUCUUAGAUUAAGAGCAAUGAUAUCUCUAUGCGUUUGUUCGCCUAAAUCUGUUUCUACUUAUCUCUGUCAACAGUUUUAUGGACCAAACUAUACAAUCCGCCAAAGAUUAGAUACAUUAGAAGUUCUUUUAUCUUCGAGUACUGAACUUUCAACUAAUAUCAAACAAAACAUGAAUAAUAAAAGUGAUUUAAAAGAGAUAUCAUUACCUAAUUAUGAUGUCUCAGUUGCUGACAUUCACUGGACUCAUAUCGUUAAGAAGAGAGUCGAGGCUAAGACAAGAAUUAUAGCGCAUAAGAGUAAGAAUUCAGAAGAAUUUGUCAAUCGUUUUAUACCAUUUGCCGGACAUUUCUUUUUUCCGCUAAUGAAAAAUAUUUACGGAAAUGAAGUUAAAUUUCAUUUCCUAGAAGACGAAGAUUAUGUUUUAGGAAGACUUGUCUAUACUCUGGGACUCAUUCUCAAGAAUGUCUCGUUUGCACCGAUAUCUACACAAAUGGCAAAAGAAUUGUUAGAAUUCAUAAUUGUUUUUAGAUAUCAUUCAGAAGUUUUUGUGAGGGAAGCCGUUAUAUUUGCUUUUUGUAUGGUUCUUAUGAAUGUUCUUCCAGUUUGUCUCAUCAAUAAUAUGUCACUACAAAUAGUUGAACUGCAACUCUGGCUUAAAGAUAUAACAGAAAGAGAGCCAAACAGUCAAUGCGUUCAAAAAGCUGUGAUUGCACUCCAACUUCUCAAAGAAGUGGUCGAAGAAAUGCCAAUUAAUUCGUUGUUUAAUAAAUGA